UUUAUGACAUUACGUUUGAGAGUUAUAAAUAUCUAAAUAAUUAUUUGAAUCUUGUUCAUUUAUGAAUUAAGUAAUUGUCCCUUUACUUGUGUUGCUCUCUCUCCCUCUCUUUGAAUAGAACAAAACACUUGAAUUCUUGACUAUCAUCCCUAUUCUUCAUUUCAAAUUACAUACACAAAAAAAGUUGAUUUUAGAGAGAGAGAGAUGGGAAGAGCUCCAUGUUGUGACAAGGCAAAUGUGAAAAAAGGGCCAUGGUCACCUGAAGAAGAUGAAAAGCUAAAAGACUACAUACAAAUUUAUGGUACUGGUGGCAAUUGGAUCACUCUACCACAAAAAGCAGGUCUCCGUAGAUGCGGAAAGAGUUGUAGGUUGAGAUGGCUGAACUAUCUGAGACCAAAUAUUAAACAUGGUGAAUUUUCUGAUGAUGAAGAUAAAGUUAUAUGUACUCUUUUUGCCAGCAUUGGUAGCAGGUGGUCAAUAAUGGCAGCACAAUUACCAGGAAGAACUGAUAAUGAUAUUAAGAACUACUGGAACACAAAGCUGAAGAAGAAGAUGAUGCCCAGUUUAAUCUCCAUGCCUGAAACUGGAAAACCUCUUCAUCAUCUUCAAUCUCCCAAUUCUUUAACAAGUUACAGCUACCCAUCACUGCCAGUUUUUCAUAAUGGGAAUAUUAAUAUUAGUGGUCCAUUGUCAUCAUCACCUGCAUCACCACCUUCAUCGUAUAUGUAUAGUACUUCAAAUACUUCUAAGUAUUAUGAUCAAACCCUAUCUAUCCCAUCAAGUCCUACAACAACAACAACAACUGCUUCUGCUGCUGCUGCUGCUUCUGAUCAUCAUCAUCAUCAUCAUACUCAUCAUUAUCCAGUUCUACAAUCACAAGGAGAAAAAGACAGUUCUACCCUUGUCAUAUGUGGAGGUGAUCAAGCUAGUUCAAGUACUAACUCUGAUGGGGGCUUUCAUGUAGGUGUGUAUGAUUAUAACAAGGGGUUUGGUAAGAAUUAUGAGAAGAUAAAAGGGUCUUAUGGGGAUUCUUCAUUGGACUGCAGUCUUGAAGAGUUUAAGCAGCUCAUUAGCACCAAUCUUUGCUCCAGUAACAUUGACAACAAUCUUAACUUUUUUGUUGAUGACAUCAAGGAAGUAGAAAAGGUUAUGUACUAUUAGUUAUUGAGUCAACCAUGUAUGGAUGCUCAACAUGGCCAUCAUCAUCAUCAUCUUCAUCAACAUCAUCUCUAGCAUUAGGGAAGAUUGGGUUUGUGAAAAUUUUUCUUUAAUAUAUUAAUCUUAGAGAGUAUAAAUGCUAAAAAAUUGUCCCCCCCCCCUUUCAUCUGUCCUUUUUGGAAAUUAUUAAUUUUAGCAUUUUAAGCUAUCAAGACUAUAUAUAAAGCCUAUUAUUCCAUAGGUAUUAAUGUAAAAUUUUACUUUGAUUA